CACACACACACAUCCCUUCCCCCAGCACACAGCAGUAGCGAGAGGACAGUGAAGCAAGCGAGAGCGCAGAAAAACAACUCGCAAAGCAGCAGCGGGUAAAAAUAGAGCAUCAGACCUAGAGGGGAGAGAGAGAGAGAGAGACAGGACGCAAAUGCAUGAGCCACGGAGAAAGUGCCAGCGUUCUGCCUAGCAACACACACGGAGCAGUAGAUCUGCUUGCCGAGCUCCGAUUGUCUCUGUUCCAUCUUCAGGAAUGACUAAUCUGCACAAGGAGGAGCCUUAAAGCUCUUUUUCAGCUCAGAACGUAGCCCGGCGUUUUUAAGGGAAAAGCGACAGCGGUGGUAAACAAUGUGGACCGAGUCGAGCUGCCAGCACGUGCCAGUGAAAACAAGGCACACCCAUGGCGAGUGUAGCGUUUUCUCACGGCUCUGGAUUUCCUGCUGAAAAAGGAACCUUUCAGGGGAACCAUGCAGUGCAGACGUCGGCAUUGCUACACACGGAUCGCGGCUUUGCUGGCUUUCCUGUUAUGCGUCGUUCUCAUCCUCUUUGUCCGACACGUCUGGCUGACUAGGCUGAAGCGCCACGUCACCGCAGAGCCGACCGUCAGCAAGGAAGCGGAGACUUUCCCUUCAGCAACCAGGUUCCUGGCUAACAGCACCCUCGUCUCCGCUCAGCUGGGAUCUAACCGGAGUUUAGCCAAGGAAGAAAAUGCCGAAAGCAUUCUGAAAGUAGAACCCUACAAGUACAUCAUUAACGAGCCGGACAAGUGCAGGAACAAUAAGACUUUCCUAGUGCUGCUGAUCCCGGUUGAGCAGCACAAUUCCGAAGCCAGGAACGCCAUUAGGCAGACGUGGGGCAACGAAAGCAUGGUUGAAGGAAUAGUACGCAUCUUUCUGAUGGGCGUGAAAAACACCACACAAGUUCCCGGCCAGCUCCAGCAGCGAUCCCUCAUGGCAGAAAGUCAACAACAUCGCGACAUGAUCCAGCAGGACUACGUCGACUCGUACUACAACCUCACCAUCAAGACGCUGAUGGGGAUGCACUGGGUGUCCAGGUACUGCCCCAACACCAAAUAUGUCAUGAAAGCGGACAGCGACAUGUUCGUCAACACCGAGUACCUAAUCGAGAAACUCCUUAAAGCCAACAUUCCCAGGGAGAUGUACUUCACCGGGUAUAUCAUGCGAGGCUACAAGCCCAACCGAAACAAGGAUAGCAAGUGGUACAUGUCUCCAGAGCUGUACCCCAGCGGGAGCUACCCCACGUUCUGCUCGGGAACCGGGUACGUCUUCUCCGGUGACAUGGCCAAAAGGAUCUACACCACUUCCCUGAGUAUACGCAGGCUGCACCUGGAGGACGUCUAUGUGGGACUCUGUCUCUCCAAACUGAACAUCGAGCCCAUGCUGCCACCCAACGAGUUCCUCUUCAACCACUGGAAGGUUUCUUAUUCCAGUUGUAAAUACAGUCAGUUGAUCACCUCGCAUGAGUUCCGCCCCAGCGAGCUGCUCAAGUACUGGCAGCACCUUCAGCAAAACAAGGACAGAGCCUGCAAAAUGCCCAAAGGAUAGAGAAUGCCAACAUGUACCAACAAAGUGGUGCUUCGUUCUCAAAAGAAGUGACGGAGCUUCAGUGCUUUCGGGUUGAUCAACGAACGUUUUUUUUCUCUCCAAUGGACGUUUUUUUUUGGUAGGAAAAUGCUGUGUUGUAUCACAAGUACAUUAAACACUGGUUGUAAGUGCUCUUAUGUGAUCAUCCAAAAGAUUCCUUUAGUUUAAAUCACUAAAUAUAUUUUAAAAUAAAUCAUCAAAUUAAAACUAAAUCUCCUCCUCCAUCGGGACCUUCCGAAGAAUCUCAAGCGGUUCCCGAUUUAAUUAGCGUAAGCGUGAAUGUCGGGUUCUCUCAUCUUUAAACUGUUUUGUUUUUUACCGGUUUACAAGCCCCCCCAUUUGGCUUUCUUUUUCAGAGGACAGAAAGCUGCUUACAGUAAAAAAGCGUCGCACUAGUAAAAGGGACGGAUGCUGACGACGGUGAUGUUACUGUUUAAAGAAAAAUGGGUUUAGCUAAAAAAAAAGAAAGAAAGAAAAGGAGCUCAAACCGGCGGCACAAGCCGAUAUUAAAGACGCGUCUCACUAA